GCUACGACAGUAAAUGCAAAAUAUUUGGUCAUGUAUCAAGUGUAUGCAGACGGGAAGAAUAUUCUAUGCCAGUUGAGAAUAUAUACUGCAACAUUGGUGGCAAACAUAUGCCUGAUUUCCCGGAUUGCCUGUUAGGGUGAAGGACACAGGUGGCAAGAGUAAGGGCUUUCCAGCGUGUCUCCUAUCUGGAGGCGGUGAGAAGAUUUGAAGGAGCGUGAGAAGACAGUGAUAACUGAGCCUACACAAGUGAACGUUUCUCGGCUACCAAGGAAUCCUGAUAUAUUACAUGUGAAAUAUAUUACAUGUGGACUUUGUAGUAUAUUUUUGCAAUGCUGAUAAACUACACAGCACAAACGAAGAUGAAAUCGAAUAUUUUUUUUUUAGAAAUUGAAGUCAUUUUUACCACCCCUACAGUAGGUGGCGGCAUGCACCUAUAGGAUUGUUUGCGGACCGCCAUAAUACUGCGGGAAGAAGACAUCCUGUUGCAGCUGAGCCCAGACAGCCAUGAGUAGCAGCAGUGCGUUUGCUUUGAUCUGUAUACGGUGCAGUCUUUUUCUCCGCAUCCUCAGUCCUGUUGAAGUUUGUGAGCACAGUCCUGCAACUGCAAGCAAUCAUUCAUCAGCGCAGCUAAGAGAAAAGACCGCAAUGGAAGGGUGGAAGAGUCACGUGCGCGCUAGACUGUUCCAGAGAGAUUGUACACAAAAGGACCCCUUCAGUGGUAUCUUUAACACCUUGUCUGAGCAAGCGGAACAGCUUGACUUACGGGAUACACUUUGGGAUGAGGUACAGAGACCCAGUUCUGAAGGAGAUGUUGGGCUGACUGUUAACCACAGAGAACUAUACCUCCAGCUCAGAGAGAGUGAACAUAUAACAGAAAAGCUCUCUCAGACAGUCUCUGACCUGACCACCGUCAUGUACCUGAAAGAUGCUGAGCUUCAAUACUGCCACUCACAAGUCUCCCGCUAUCGAAAGGAAGCUGUCACUCAAGCCAGGGAGGCCAACCUUCUGCAGGCCAGCCUAUCAGAAUUUGAGUUUGCAUUGGCGAGCCAAUCAGAGGAGUUGGCAGCUCUGCGGUUGGAGCAGCGGGAGCUGAAGGAGGGGCUUGCAGCAGCCUGGAGAGAAAAAGAAGAGCUUCUGGAGCGAUGGAUGGAUGAGAAGAAGGAGGAGGCGGAGAGGGUGAACAGGCACAAUGACACACAGGAAAGGUGGCAUCGUUUCACCCGGCGACUCAACAAGCAUCACCGUAGAGAGAUGCUGCGACCAUGUGAGCAGACCAACUCCUGGACGACUGGUAGGCCUACAACUGAACCAGCAACCACCAUACAGAAGGAGGGUGGUGCACACUGCCCAGGAUGGAUCUUUUAUCCCAAAAGCCUCCAGUACUGAUACACUCCUUCCUGUAAGACACACCGAAAAAAACUAGACCUUGAAUGUGACUUUUUUGUGUGUAUAUAUUGAAGGAUAUUUGAAUGUGGGCUUUUAAUCAAUACUGUUGUGAAUUUCAGAUACGGUAUGUAUAGGCUUGUAAAUUAGUACCCAAGACCUAACUCAAUGUUUUCAAAUACCAUGAGAAUAAAGUAACUGUUUAGUCAUAUUUUUCACUAAAACACCUCUCUCCUGUGA